AUGUUAAUUGAGAAUAUGUUAUUCUGUAAAUAAAUAGCACAUGAUAAAAAGCCAUUGAUUGCAGUUUGUUUAAAUUAGGAUUGUAAAGAGUCUUGUGGUUUGUGUAUUAGUUGUUUUUUGAAUCACAAAAAUCAUAAUGAUGAUUUAUAGACUAUUGAAAUAGUAAGAAAGAAACUUGAUGAUCAUAUUUAAAAGAUGAAAUAAAAUUUUUAAUUUUGUGAUGAUCUAAUCCAAUUAAUAAAUUUAGUAAAAAUAUAAAUAAAUCGGACAAUAUAAAAUAUUUAGAUCGUUUAAAAAUUUUCAAAUCAUGCAGAUAUCGAUAAGGUGAAAGAAUUGUUAAUAAAAUCUUAAGCAAAUAAAUAAGAUACUUCUAUUUUUAAAAAGAUAGAUAUAGAACUAAAAAAAGUAAAGGAAAUUUUAUGUGAAUUAAAAUUUUCAAUUGAAUAUUCACAGUCUAAUCUUAAUGAUGGAUAGUAAUAAGAAUUUUAAGAAUGUUUAAAAUAAGCUAGUUAAGUUUAUAUAUAGGGAUAGUAUGAAUAAGCAAAAGGUCUAUUUAUGCACUGUUUAAAACUUGAUCCAUUUAAUAUAGACUGUAAAUGGAAAAUAGGUAUGUGCUUAAAAUUGUAAGGUUUUUAUGAUUAAGCAAUUGGAGUUUUUGAUUAAAUAAAUGCAGAAAAUCCAAACUAUGUGGAAUCAAUUUGUCAUAAAGCAGAUUGUCUAAGACUUUAAGGUAAAUAUGAAGAGGCAUUAAAACACUUUGAUUAGACAUUAAUGUUAGAUGAUAAAAAUUUUGUAGGUUUGAGUUAUAAAGGUGAGACUUUAAGAAAGUUACAGAGAUUAGAAGAGGCUUUGAUAUAUUUUGAUAAGGCUUUGAUGAUAAAUCCAAAAAAUGCAAUAACUUUAUUUGGGAAAGGUAAUUUUAUUAUAUAAAAUUGAUAGGAGAUUCAUUGAGAUGUUUAAAAAGAUAUGAUGAUGCUUUAUAUAUACUUAAUUAAGGAUAAUAAAUAGAUCCUAAUAAUAUAUUAAUCCUAUAUUCAAGAGGUAAUGAAAAUGAAGAUUGAUUAUUUAGGAUAUACCUUGAAAGCUAAAGGAAAAGUUUAGGAAGCAUUAGAAUGUUUUGAGAAAUGUAUAGCUAUAAAUCCAUAAUAUAAAAAUUAAUUAGAAAAAGAAAUUGCAUCAAUAAAGAAAUGA